GACUUCUGUAUUUAUUGGGCAUUCCCUUUUUGUUCGUUGUUUAUUUUUAAGCGGCGUAAAUUUUGUCAUAGGUCCUCUGUAGUCUGGUAGAAAUUGAUUGCGCUAAAAUAACACAAUCACAAUGAAUAUUGCACCAUUAUCCCCUGCGAGUGGCAUUGGUCGCUUUUAUAAGAAAUCUGCCAAAAUAAUACGUUUCGUAAGACAAGGAUGUACUAAUCGGCCUUUCUAUCAUAUUGUUGUCAUGGAGCGCCGCAAAAAUCAACAUCAACCUGUUAUUGAACAAGUUGGCACCUAUGAUCCCUUACCAAAUCAAUACAACGAACGUUUGGUCUCAUUUAAUUUUGAACGUAUACGUUUUUGGUUGGGGAAGGGUGCCCAUAUGUCUACACCGGCUGCUGAGUUAUUGGGAAUUGCCGGUUUAUUACCCAUCCAUCCUCGUACAUAUAUGACGGCGUGGCGUAAUCGAGAAAAGGCAGCGGCGGCAGCAGCUGCUGAACAAGAUAAUCCAACGACUGGGGGCAGUGAUGAAGUAAAAACAAAUUAAUUAUUGUUUAACAUGUGUUCUUGUUAUUACUAGUUUUUAUUAAUAAGAGUAAAUAUUACAAAA